GAAACUCUGCGGAGACAUUGACUCAGUCCUGCCAAAAUUCAGUGUACCAAAAAGAUCAUUGUGAACGACAGCUGCUCUUCAGUGGAGGGCUUGGUGAUUCUGACUGCUCUCCUGUCUGAAUGUCCGACUGUGAUGGAGCUUCAUAUCAGACUACAGAGUCCUAUCCAGGUCUCUAUAGUGUUCUCUGGAGGGAGAGAAAAACCUGCAGAUAAAAUAUCUAAAAUGCUCUGUCUCAGCUGCUGUGGUCUGCAGCCUGCUGAUAUGGAGAAAGUGUGGAGGAGUUUGGGAACCUCGUCUGAUCUCACUUUGCUGGAUCUGUCCAGUAACUGUUUAGGCAACAAAGGUCUGAGGAAACUGUUGGAGGUCCUGCCUCGGCUUAGUAGCAUCCAGGAGAUCAAUGCCAGGAACAACAAGAUCAGCAUGGAAGGAGUGGUGAUGCUGGCUGGUGCUUUGUGUUCCCAUCACAACUUAACACAAAUUCACAUAAGUGAUGGAGGCAGAGAGCAGCUGACCCUGAAGUUCUGCCCUAACAAAAGCGAUGACAAACAGCAGCUAAAGAUGUUCAGGAUAAACAACAGUAGCCUCCUGCCGAAUAAUAUGACCACACUAUGUAAAAGACUGGUCAAAUGUCGCUCCCAUUUGGAGUUAGAUUUGUCUCACAGCUCUCUGACAGACACGGCUAUUGAGAAUCUGCUGAAGGUCCUGCCGAAGAUGACGUCACUGCAGAGACUCAAGUAAGCCAUACACA